GUAUGUUAUUCUAGCACUUCAUGACCAUAUCCCUCAGGUUCUCACCUUGUGUCCGUGCCAACCCACCCUUCCUCCAAAUCCCAGUGUAUCCCUUGGUCUCCUCUCAUUGGUCAAGCUACGGAGGCAAGAGGCUAGCAGACACAAUAAAAGGGAAGAGUUUUGUUGUUGAAAUCACCAAAUGCAGGGAAUGGAGUGAACAGCAAACCAUUUAAUUUAAAGAUCAAUGCACACCAAAAGCCGCUGACAUGCCCUCUCUUCGUUUGCUCGCCAUUCUCACAACCCUGCUAGCAGUAGUCUUGAUUGCGACCCAGUCGUCCGCAACCAGAACAACCCGCAGACCAAAGCCUCAGAAUACCAAGAAGCCCCCUCGCGGAGGUGGUACCGGAGGAGGGGGAGGAGGUGGCGACCAGCCGGCCCGUCUGGGCUUCAGGCAGACCACCACCACCAUGGCCCCCUCCAGUAGCCUGGGCACUGACGAGACCACAGAGGAUACCAUGACGGACGCCUACUCCUUGUCCCCCACUGACAGCACCACCUACGCAGGCGACGCCUACCCCACAGAGUUCCACACAGACUCCAUGGCGCUCCCUGGAGCCGGCAUGGGAAACUACACCCUGGACUACAGCCACUGCUACUUAAACGUCUGCGAGUGCUGCCCGCCUGAAAAGGGCCCCGUGGGGCCCCCAGGGGAGAGGGGGCCCCCAGGGCCUGGAGCGGAGAGGGGUCUUCCAGGUGUACCUGGAGAGAAAGGUGAUGUGGGACUCAUGGGACCUCCUGGACUGGAUGGUAUGCCUGGAGCUACUGGACUUGAAGGAGAUAAAGGUGACAAAGGCGAUCAAGGAGACACGGGGAUGCCUGGUGCUCCAGGGAUACUUGGGAAAGAGGGACCGAAAGGUGACUUGGGCCCCAAAGGAGAAAAAGGAGAAACAGGCCUCCCUGGCUUGAAAGGAGACCUGGGAGAAAGGGGAAAGCCUGGGUGGAAUGGGACCCAGGGCGAGAAGGGUGACCUGGGUAAAAUAGGCCCUGCAGGUCCCUCCGGGCUGACUGGCCCAAUGGGACAGAAUGGCCAAAAGGGAGAGAUGGGGGAGUGUCCAACUGGCGAGAAGGGAGAGAAAGGGGAGGCGGGCUUGCCUGGCCCCCCUGGGCCGAGGGGGUUGGUGGGAACCCCGGGAGUAAAUGGAACCAAUGGUCUACCAGGGCCUGUAGGUCUGAGGGGUCAGCUAGGCUCCCCAGGAGGGAAAGGGGAGGCAGGGGGGCGGGGGCCCCCAGGCUUGAGGGGCAUGCCUGGGCCGAAAGGAGAGAAAGGCCCCAAGGGCCAGCGAGGUGUGCGGGGUCCCAAGGGCCCGCAGGGGGAGACCGCAGAGCAGAUACGAUCUGCCUUCAGCGUGGGCCUCUUCCCCAGCAAGUCCUUCCCCCCUCCAGGCCUUCCCGUCAAGUUCGACAAGAUCCUCUACAACGAAGAGGAACACUGGGACCCAAUGCUCAGCAAGUUCAAUUGCACCCACCCCGGGGUCUACGUGUUCUCCUACCACAUCACCGUGCGCAACCGGCCCCUGCGCGCCGCACUGGUGAUUAACGGCGUGAAGAAGCUGCGGACGCGUGACUCCUUGUACGGUCAGGACAUCGACCAGGCGUCCAACCUGGCUCUGCUGCGUCUGGCAUCGGGGGACCAGGUAUGGCUAGAGACGCUGAGGGACUGGAACGGAGUCUACUCCAGCAGCGAAGACGACAGCACCUUCACCGGCUUUCUGCUCUAUGCCGACCCCAAGGCCUGACCUACGACCUCGCCUGUGAGCCCGGCUUGACCUCUUCAUGACCUGUAUCUGACAACUCCGCAUCCCCUCCAAACGCUUUGCACCACUCGGCUAAAUCAUCUCUGUCAAUGUUGCUAUUGCUACUGCUGCUAACUAUGCUUCUGCCUAUUGCUAUCACAACAAUCUGACCAAAUGCUUGCUGUAAUUUGGAUGGGAAAGGCUGUAACACUUUAUGCAACGCUUACGCGCUCUGACAAUGCAAUAAAACACUGCUAAUGCUU